AUGACGACCAAGUUCACCGCCGCCGAGUUGAAGCGGUUCCGCACCUUCUUGGACGCGGCCCUUGACCGCGAAGAGCACGGUCUUUCCUCCUCCGACGAGGACACUUUCAAGCGACAACUCUGGGGCGAGAUACGCACACAUCUCGGGGUCAACGGCAUGUCUCCGGGCCUCCCACAUCUCGACCAACUCGUCGAAGACAUCUUCCAAGGCAAGUCGAAUGUCAGCCUUCAAGGUCCGGUCGUGAUCUUGCCCGCCGCGCCCGGCGUUCCAAGUGCCGCACCCCCGGUCGUGACUCAGCCAGCCGCGUACGGCGUUCCAAGAGCCGCAGCCCCGUCCGUGCCCUCCACCAAGUCUUCGGGCAAGAAACCUGGUACGUCUUUCAAGAAGUCCUCCAAACGGAAGGCCAGCGCCGGCGACACUGUUACUAAGUCGUCCGCCAAGAAGCCGCGCUCUUCCCAGAAGUGGACGCUUCCUUCAUACGACUACGUCAAGGUGAUUGACGUGAAUCCCAACGCUCCUCGGGUCGUGCGAACCGGGAUUGCCAUUGUCCUCCACAAGGCUGAAGAAGCCGGCAAGGUCCCUUGGCUCCUGGCGUACCCCUGGUCGGGUCGACCUCUGUGGUAUGACCCAGCUGAGAAUCAGGACAUUCAUCGAGCCCACUGG